AUGGACCUCGGCGGCCUGCCCUCGGAGCCGCAUCCGUUUGCGCCCACCGGCCCCGACGACCCGCGCGUGCAAAUCAUGCCGCUGGGCGCCGGGCAGGAGGUGGGCCGCUCGUGCAUCAUCGCCAGCUACAAGGGCAAGACAGUUAUGCUUGACUGUGGAAUCCACCCUGGCCAUGAGGGUUUGGCCAGCUUGCCCCUCUUUGACCAGCUCGACAUCUCCUGUGUGGAUGUGUGCCUUGUCACGCACUUCCAUCUUGACCACUGCGCAGCAGUGCCCUUUCUCAUCGGGCACACAGAUUUCAAGGGACGCGUGUUCAUGACUCAUCCCACAAAGGCCAUCUACCGCACGCUGUUGACUGACUUCCUGAAAGUCAGCCAAGGUGGUGAGAACCAGCUAUACACAGAGGAUGACCUCAACAACAGCAUCGAAUUGAUCGAGGUCAUCGACUUCCACCAGACUGUAGACAUUGAUGGCAUACGAGUGUGUGCCUACCGGGCAGGCCACGUCUUGGGCGCAGCGAUGUUCAUGGUCGAGAUAGCUGGCAUGCGCAUCUUGUAUACUGGUGACUACAGCCGAGUGCCAGACAGGCACUUGUCAGGAGCAGACCUGCCCCCAGUGAAGCCUCACACUG